UCUCUUCCUUUAAUCCGGCACAUUGCGUGCAAACGUUGCUUGCCCAAGGCCAACAGCAUUAUAAAAGACCCCACACAUCUCCAUCAUGGACUGUUCACCCUGCUGCCCUCGGGCAAAAAGGUAUCGUAGUAUAAUGAGCAGAACGGCCAGGUUUUGCAACAGCUUCUUCCCCCAAGCCUUCAGACUCUUGAAUUCCAUAUAAUGUGCCGCCACUAUUAUCUAUUUUAUCUUUUUAUCUAUUUUAUCCUUUUGGCAUUUUAUGUUGCACGGUGAGCCAGAUGCAACGAAACUUCGUUCAGACUUGCAUUUAUUGGUGUAUUUUUGAAUGACAAUAAAGUCUUUGAUUGAUUGAUUGAUGAUAAACCUUACCUGGUGCAAAUAUCUGUAUCUGUGAUCACAAAAUGACCACAAAUGCAGACGAGUCACAUUUUUUUGCUGAAUACACACACAGCAAACACUCAUUCUUUCCUAUUUUGGUCUAAGACAGUGGUUCUUAAUCUGGUGGUCGUGACCCCCAUGGGGGUCGUUUGGGGGGUUUCUGGGGGUAAUGAAGGGGUCAUAAAUAACAUAUCAAUUUGUUGAGUCCAUUUUUAGGAAUCUAACAAAGGUACAUACCACACACGGUAUUUUGUUCACGUAUGCACGUACGUAUAUGCACACAAACUGUGUGUUGUGAGCCGUGUCUGCCAAGAAGCGCACAUACAGUGAAGCAUUUCUCAAGUUCGGCUUCACAAGCAUUGUUCAAAAAUCCGUGGUCAAACCGCAAUGUGUUAUCUGUGCCAAGGUUUUGAGCCACAAGAGCAUGAAGCCCAGCAAGCUGAAGAUCCAUUUGGAGUCUUGCCACAGCGACCUGGCAGGGAAGGGCAUGGACUAUUUCAAACAAAAAGAAGCCGCACUCAAGAGUUCCCGCAUUGAUUCAACGGGUCACUGCGCUCGUCAAAAUGAAGCAGCGUUGGAGGCUUCAUACCGGAUUGCUUAUCGAAUCGCACAGGCUACAAAACCUCACAUCAUCGGUGAAGAGCUUAUUAAGCCAUGGUCAAAGCAGCGAAGUUGGUGCUGGGGGAACAGCAGUCAAACAAAUUCAGGCAGAUUUCCCUUUCGAAUGACACAGUCUAAAGUUAAAUCUCGGAUAUGAGUAAUGAUAUUCUGCUGCAAGUGGUGAGCGCUGUGAAAUGCAUUCCAGUGUAUUCACUGCAACUGGACGAGUCAACAGAUGUUGCCUCUUGUUCCCAACUGCCAGUCUACGUUUGUUACCUCGAUGGAGAAGCCAUGAAGGAGGAGUACCUGUUCUCGGAGCCAUUGGCCACUACCACUCGGGGAGAAGAUGUGAUCAGAAUGCUGGAAGCCUUCCUCAUCAAACAUGAGCUUGGCUGGGAACGUUUUGUCGGGGUGUGUACAGAUGGGGCACCUUCCAUGGUCGGAUGCAGAUCCGGCUUCAAAGCCUUCGUGAAGGAUGUCACUCCCCAUGUCUCCUUCACCCACCACAUGAUACAUCGCCAUGCUUUAGCGAUGAAGACUCUCCCUCAUGGUCUUCGGGAAGUGCUUUCAGAUGUGGUGAAGAUUGUGAACCACAUCCGAGGGAGCGCAACAAACUCAAGAAUCUUCAAAGUGAUGUGUGAAGAAAUGGGCGCCGAUUUUACUGUUCUGAUAUUCCACACAGAGGUGCGCUGGCUUUCGCGUGGUAAAGUUCUCAAUCGUGUGAUUCAACUUCGAGAGGAAAUAGCGCUGUUCUUGGAGAGAGGGUGUGCUGAGAAGGAGAAUCAGCUUCAUGAAAAGAUGCCAGAUGAACUGUUCGUGAUGAUGGUUGCUUCCUUGGCUGAUUUAUUUGCCGAGGUGAAUUCCUUGAACAUGUCACUUCAAGAAAACCUCCCAAUUCUACACACGACUCGUGACAAAGUGGCAGCGUUCAGAAGGAAGAUUCACCUUUACCAGAGAAGAGUCCAGGACGGUGACACGACCAUCUUCCGUGAGAUGACGACUCUCCUGGAUGCUACGCCAGAUGCUGAAUGCCAGUUCUACAAGGAGAUCUCAACCCACCUUCUGGCAAUUAGUGAAGCCAUCGAAUGUUACUUCCCCGGACUGGACGACUGCUCUCGUGAUGAGUGGAUCAUCCAACACUUUUCCAUUCAAGACGGUGCCAUCAGUGAUACUGAGAUAGCUGCGAAGGUUGAAUUUUACCGAAUUCGUGAAGAUGCGCAGCUCAAGAGUGACUUCAUGGAACCAGAGCACGGCAGGUAUAUUGGCAUAUUUUAAAACAUUCAGAUAGGUACAUGGGUAGCUAGGGUUUUGAGGGAUUUGGGACAAACUCAAGCAAGUAGGAUUAUCUUAAUUAUAAAUCUGGUUGUAUGGACAAGUUGGGUUUAAGGGCCUGUUUCCAGGCUUUAUGACUCUACCUCACUGACAGUUUGCGGCUGCAAUGUGCGCUGCUUGCUGUCAGCUGAGUUGGAUGAGCAUAGGACCUGUUACAGCUUAUUUGAUGAACGCACUAUACUGCUCAGCAGCACUCAUGAGCACUGAUGAUAUCACUUCAUUGCUUUCACAGGUCUCAUUAUUUCAUACCUAUCCCAAAAAGGCACAACUGGGAAGUGCCGUCAGGCUUUUUAUGUUAAUCAUCUGGGAGGAAGUGGGAGUUUGACUUUUUUUAAAAAAAGUUUUAGAAAAUUAGGACUUUUGAAAAAGAGAAAUCUCGAAUGAAAACUGAUGCAUAGUUCACGUUUCUCUGUCCACAAAUGCUGCUUUACCCACUGAGUAUUUACCCACUUGCUGUUUUUACUUUGUUCAACAUUUACUUGUUUGUUCAAAAUAUUUCAGAUAUUUGUUGGUGGAUAUUUUUGGGCAAACAAAAUGGAAAUGUUUACCAAACUUGCAACCUGCCACUCCAAGGGUCUCACACUGAACCGGGGAUGCACGUCUUCCUGGGCUAUCACUUAGCCAGAAUUCUUCUGCUAUUCAGUUGCACAAAUCUUUUUUGGCGUGAGCUGGAUCACUGAAUGGCAGUUCCUGCUCGAUGACACAAAAGCUGGGCGAUUCUAUCUGCUAGUGAUGCAGUGGGGGGCGGACUUCAUCAUGGGCAAUGGAAAAUAGUCUGCUCUUUUGGCGAUUUUCCAAAUGCAAACAGAGUACCAGUAUUUAUGCCCAGGACUGCCAGUUGAUGGAUCCAAGGUACCUUAUUAUUCAGUUUUUUACACCAAUACACUGUUCUUAACAAAAGUCUACCCAUCAUGUGAAACCGGCUAAGUAACAGAUAUAAAUUAGAUGACUUCAAGACCGAAAGUCAAAACGUUUUUUCAUGACAGACAAAUUUUCAUAGUUUUACCACCAAUUUGGACACCAAAAAUGUGACAUUAAAAACUCUGCCACAUUUCAUAUGGCCCCUCAUACAUAUACAUUUUGAUUUGAUCUUGGGAAAUAUCUUCAUCAAAGCAGGAGAAAAAUACAGUAACAUGUCUGGUAUUCAGCCUAGCAAAGAUCCGGUAACGGUCGUUGUGCUUGCCGUCCAUUCUCACAACGACCUUUAUCGGGGUCGGUACCUCCGUAAGUUAAAUCAUGGAGGCUCCAAACCUCUAAUGCUUUUCAAAAACCCAACGAGGUAUCCUAUGGUAGUAGCGAUUUUUGGGAGAAUUAAUUUUUAAUUUUUUUUUUCCAAUUUAAUAUAGCAAAAACAUCGUGGUGUCAAAAGCGGUACCACCGUUUACGAUAUAUUUUCCGACUUUUUUAAAUCAAUUAAAAAAUUGUGGACAUAAAUUGGUAAUCAAAACUAAAGGAACUGAGCCAAUCUUCAAUUUGGCAACACAGUCUAUUGGCUAUCUUUCGUAUAGACCAAGUCUUUAACUUCAUUCCUUCGUGUCAACUUCGGGAAGCUCCGCAAUGACCAUUACGGAGACAUUUUACUUACUAAAAAAACAGCCAAAAUCAAACGUUCUGACGAAUCAUCGGCCAUCGAUAGCUCAAAUCCAUAAGGUAAUGUACCGCUUAGGUCACAUUGGUGAAAACGUUUGGUUUUUGCUAAUAAUGUAACAUUCGUUUUCUGGGACACCAAACCUUUUAAUGUCCACUGCAACGUACGUUUGUGUGUAUGAUGUGUAACGCGCGUUGCGGUGUCCACUAAGAUGGAUGCAGUAUUCUACUACAUGAUCAGGUGAAUGAAGUGGAAAUGGUGCUUGCAACUUUAUUGUUCCAUGUGGUAUUCAUAAACAUAGAAAGGAAUAAGAAAUAGUUGUACAUCAAUCUAUGAAAGUAAGCAUGCAGGUGCAGCAGGUAGUGAAGAAAGCGAAUGGCAUGUUGGCCUUUAUAACAAGAAGAAUCGAAUAUAGGAGCAAAGAGGUCCUUCUGCAGUUGUACAGAACCCUAGUGAGACCACAACUGGAGUAUUGUGUGCAGUUUUGGUCCCCUAAUUUGAGGAAGGACAUUCUAGCUAUUGAGGGAGUACGGCGUAGGUUUACAAGGUUAAUUCCCGGGAUGGCGGGACUGUCAUAUGCUGAGAGAAUGGAGCAGCUGGGCUUGUACACUCUGGAGUUUAGAAGGAUGAGAGGCGAUCUCAUUGAAACAUAUAAGAUUGUUAAGGGCUUGGACACACUAGAGGCAGGAAACAUGUUCCCGAUGUUGGGGGAGUCCAGAACCAGGGGCCACAGUUUAAGAAUAAGGAGUAAGCCAUUUAGAACGGAGACGAGGAAACACUUUUUCUCACAGUGAGUGGCGAAUCUGUGGAAUUCUCUGCCUCAGAGGACGAUGGAGGCAGGUUCUCUGGAUGCUUUCAAGAGAGAGCUAGAUAGGGCUCUUAAAAAUAGCGGAGUCAGGGGAUAAUGGGAGAAGGCAGGAACGGGGUACUGAUUGGGGAUGAUCAGCCACGAUCACAUUGAAUGGCAGUGCUGGCACAAAGGGCCAACUAGUUCAGAUUCAGAUUCACAUUUAUUUUCACAUACACCAAUUAAGGUACAGUGAUAUUUGAGUUACCAUGCAGCCAUACAAUUACAAAAAACACCACAAUUAAAAAGAACGAUAGAACUUUGACAUAAACAUCCACCACAGUGAUCACUGUGAUGGAAGGCAAUAAAGUUUAGUCAGUAUUCCUCCUUUUGUUCACCUCCUUUUGGGGCCUUGACCCUCCGCAGCCGACGCUAUGGACGGCCCGAUGUACAGGCCCUCUCGUCGGGAUGAUCGAAGCUCCGACGUCGGGAUGGAUGGAACACACUCCGUGGCUUGGAGUGUCCAAAUUGGCCACUUUCUUACUGGAGAUCACGGCUUCUCGAUGUUAUAGUCCGCAGGCAGGCCAACGGUCGGAGCUCUUCUCCGGCGGCCCCCGGCAAGGGAUCCCUGGCUCCGGGAUGGUAAAGUCCGCUCCACGCCUGCUGCUAGAAGCUCCGCAGGCCGUGGCUUCACGGUGUUGAAGUCAGCAGGCCGGCGGUCAGAGCCUUUCUUCUGGCUCCACGAUGUUAAAGUCCACGCCGUGCCUGCUGCUGAUAACAAGAUUCAAGAUUCAAUUUAAUUGUCAUUUGGACCCCUUGAGGUCCAAACGAAAUGCCGUUUCUGCAGCCAUACAUUAUACAAUGUAACAGAUAGUACAGAACAUUGUUCUCAGCAUUGUAGCACAUUUUAGCGCAUCACCGUAGUAGAGGUGAAUCAGACAGUACCCUAGCUUAUGGUCGGACCAUUCAGAAACCUGAUAACAGGGGAAUCAGCUGUUCCUGAGUCGGGUGUUGUGCACUUUCAAGCUUCUGUACCUUCUUCUGGACGGGAGCAGGGAGGCGCGAUGGGACAUGUCCCUGAUUAUGAUGGCUGCUCAUCCAAGGCAGUGUGAAGUGUACAUGGGGUCAUUGGUGGGAGUCUGGUCUGUCUGUAUAUUGACAACUCAUGAGGCCCUGCCUUGAGGUUAUCCGGCUGUCGACCAUUUCUAUGAAUAUGUGUAGAAAGGAACUGCAAAUGCUGGUUUACACCAAAGAUAGACACAAAAUGCAGAGUAACUCAGCGGGACAGGCAGCAUCUCUGGAGAGAAGGAAUGGGUGACAUAUUGGGUUGAAACACUUCUUCAGAUCCGACCCGGGUCUGAACCAGCAACUUAAACUAUUAAAGCAUUAAACCAGCAUCUGCAGUUUCUUCCUACACAAGGAACUGCCGAUGGUGGUUUACACCAAAGAUAGACACAAAAUGCUUGUGUAACUCAGCGGGACAGGCAGCAUCUCUGGAGAGAAGGAAUGGGUGACUUUUCGGGUCGAGACUAUUCUUCAGAAGAAGGUUCUCGACCCGAAACGUCACCCAUUCCUUUUCUCCAGAGAAGCUGCUUGUCCCGCUGAGUUAUUCCUGCAUUUUAUGUCAGUGAAUAUGAUUUAUUGCUCUAUUUGAUGCCAUAUGAUCUAUUUGAUGCCAUUUACAAAUUA